CCCUUUCAUUUCAUCUUUAUAUCAAACACUCAACUUCCCCAAAAUCUCACACACACUGUCUCACACACACACACACACACUCCGCCGAAACACACACUUACGCCAUGGCGAACCGGCCGCUCCAGACGAACAACAUCUCCAACACCGCGAAAUCAAUCGAAGAAACCUACCAGAAGAAAACGCAGCUCGAGCACAUCCUCCUCCGGCCCGACACAUACAUCGGCUCCAUCGAGAAACACACCUCCUCUCUCUGGGUCUACGAAGACAGCGAGAUGGUCUCGCGCAGCGUCUCCUACGUCCCCGGCCUCUACAAGAUCUUCGACGAGAUUCUCGUCAACGCGGCGGAUAAUAAGCAGCGAGACCCCAAAAUGGACACUGUCAAGGUCGUUAUUGACGUGGACAACACUUUAAUUAGUGUGUAUAAUAACGGCGAUGGCGUCCCGGUGGAGAUACAUAAGGAGGAGGGGGUGUAUGUGCCGGAAUUGAUCUUUGGGCACUUGUUGACGAGUAGUAAUUAUGAUGAUGAUCAGAAGAAGACCACCGGGGGGAGGAAUGGGUAUGGGGCGAAGCUGGCCAAUAUUUUCUCGACUGAGUUUGUUAUCGAGACGGCGGAUGGGAAGAGGUUGAAGAAGUAUAAGCAGGUGUUCUCAAAUAAUAUGGGAAACAAAACUGAACCCCAUAUAACAAAGUGCAAGGAAUCUGAUAAUUGGACAAAAGUUUCAUUUAAGCCUGAUUUAGCGAAAUUUAAUAUGACUCAUUUGGAAGAUGAUGUUGUAGCCCUGAUGAAGAAACGAGUGGUGGAUAUAGCAGGGUGUCUUGGGAGGUCCGUGAAGGUGGAAUUAAAUGGUGAGCGAGUUCCAAUAAAAUCUUUCACUGAUUAUAUCGAUCUGUAUCUGAAAUCGGCUAACAAGGACAAAGAAGAUCCCCUUCCCAGAUUUGUUGAAAGAGUAAACAGCAGGUGGGAGAUUUGUGUCAGUCGGAGUGAAGGACAAUUUCAACAGGUCAGUUUUGUAAAUGGGAUUGCAACCAUCAAGGGUGGCACUCAUGUUGAUUAUGUUACCAACCAGUUAACAAGUCACAUCAUAGCCUCUAUAAGUAAGAAGAACAAGAAAGUGAACCUCAAGCCUCAUGCUGUGAAGAACCACCUAUGGGUUUUUGUUAAUGCACUAAUUGAUAAUCCUGCUUUUGAUUCCCAAACUAAGGAGACACUAACAAUACGGCAAAACAGUUUUGGUUCGGAGUGUAAGCUUUCAGAAGAUUUCUUAAAAAAAGUGGUGAACAAAUCUGGAAUAGUAGACAGUCUGCUCGCAUGGGCAGAGUUCAAGGAGAAAAAAGACUUAAAGAAAACUGAUGGUAAAAAGGGUCGAGUGACUGGCAUUCCUAAACUAGAAGAUGCUAACAAAGCUGGUGGGAGCCAAUCUCAAAAAUGCACCCUAAUUUUGACAGAAGGAGAUUCAGCUAAGAGUCUUGCAAUGGCUGGUCUUUCUGUUGUGGGACGAGAUCUUUAUGGUGUAUUUCCCUUAAGAGGUAAGCUGCUUAAUGUGAGAGAAGCAAGCCAUAAGCAGAUAAUGGAGAAUGCUGAAAUUCAGAAUAUCAAGAAGAUACUUGGACUCCAACAUGGUAAAGCAUAUGAAGAUGUCAAGUCAUUGAGAUACGGUCAUCUGAUGAUAAUGACCGAUCAGGAUCAUGAUGGUUCCCACAUCAAAGGGCUCUUGAUCAAUUUCAUUCAUUCUUUCUGGCCAUCACUGCUAAAAGUUCCACAUUUCAUGAUAGAGUUUAUCACUCCAAUUGUGAAGGCUACCAAAAAUGAAGGUGCCAAAAAUGAAAUAGUUUUGUCCUUCUAUACGAUUCCUGAGUACGAAAAUUGGAAGGAAAGUUUGGGGGAUGCUCUACGUGGCUGGACAAUAAAAUACUACAAGGGGCUGGGAACUAGCGAUGCAACUGAAGCAAAAGCAUAUUUUAGGGACCUUGGAACACACAAGAAGGAUUUCAUAUGGGCUGGUGAUGAUGAUGGUGAUGCAAUAGAGCUUGCCUUUAGUAAGAAAAAGAUUGAGGCAAGAAAGAACUGGUUGAGGCAGUUUGAGCCUGGUACUUUCUUAGAUCAAAAAGAGAAGCUGAUCAAGUAUAGUGACUUUGUCAACAAGGAGCUUAUACUGUUUUCUAUGGCGGAUCUUCAAAGGUCUAUCCCAUCAAUGGUUGAUGGCCUGAAACCAGGACAAAGGAAAAUUCUUUUUUGUUCUUUCAAGAGGAAUUUUACCAAGCAAGCCAAAGUUGCACAAUUCUCAGGUUAUGUCUCGGAGCACUCAGCUUACCAUCAUGGUGAGCAGAGUCUUGCAAGUACAAUAGUUGGUAUGGCUCAGGAUUUUGUAGGUAGCAAUAACAUAAACCUUCUUCUACCGAGAGGGCAGUUUGGUACACGAAACCAGGGUGGCAAAGACCAUGCAAGUGCUAGAUACAUUUAUACUGAGCUUGCUCCAAUCACUAGGUACAUGUUUCCCAAGGAUGAUGACAUUCUCCUUGAUUACUUGUAUGAAGAUGGACAAAAGAUAGAACCUUACUGGUAUGUUCCUGUUGUACCCAUGGUUCUAGUAAAUGGAAGUGAAGGAAUAGGAACAGGUUGGAGCACAUAUGUGCCAAACUACAAUCCAAGAGAUAUUGCUGCUAAUAUAAGACGGUUGCUAAUGGGGGAACCAAUGCAGCCAAUGGAUCCAUGGUACAAAGGAUUUAGGGGAACCAUUGAGAAAUCUGCAACAAAGGAAGCUGGAGCAGGCUACACUGUCAGUGGGCUUAUAGAAGAAAUAGAUGAUACUAAUGUUAGAAUCACAGAGUUGCCUAUUCGGAGAUGGACCCAAGAUUACAAGGAGUUUCUGGAAUCAAGCAUGAUCGGAAAUGAAAAAAUAAAAGCAUUUAUCAAGAACUACAGCAACCAGAGCGAUGACUGCACUGUACAUUUCGAUGUAGAGAUGUCUGAGGAAAACAUGCUCAUUGCUAAGCAAGAGGGGUUGCUAAAGAAAUUUAAGCUAACAGCUAAUAUAAGCACAAGUAACAUGCACCUCUUUGACCCAAAGGGUGUAAUCAAGAAAUAUGACUCCCCUGAACAAAUUCUUGAAGAUUUCUACCAUGUGCGGUUUGACCUUUACAAGAAACGGCAGAAAGUUCUGCUGGAAAAUCUAGAAUUGGACUUGCUUAAACUUGAUAACAGGGUCAGGUUUAUUCUAGGGGUCGUGGAAGGAAAAAUCAAGGUGAGCAACAGGAAGAAAGCAGAUCUAUUCCUUGAGUUGAAGGAAAAAGGUUUUACACCUUUUCCGAAGAAGACCAAGGUAGAAGAACUUGUUGCUGGGGCCACUGAUGCUGUAGAAACUGAAGAUAAUUCUCAAGGAAGUGGGGGUGCAGGAAGCGCCAAACUUGGUGACUAUGACUACUUGCUGAAAAUGGAAAUUGGAACCUUGACCGCUGAGAGAGUUCAGAAGCUACUUAAAGAGAAAGAUCAGCUCAUUGGAGAGGUUGAUGAACUGAGAAAGGCAACUCCAACGUCUCUUUGGCUAAAAGAUUUGGACGCUCUUGAUAGAGAACUUGAUGCACAAGAUCAGAGAGAUGCUGAUGGUGAAGCAUCCCGAGUAUCCACUUAUGAGAAUAGGAUGAAACCAGAUGGUUCUGCAAAAAAGGCACCAAAGAAUCCUCGGAAGAGUACUAAAAAUGUCAAAAACGCAGAAACAGUUGUUAAACUGACAGGAACGGCAACUGAUUCAGCAAUGGAAACAGAAGACAAUGUUCAAGAAGUAGUGAAUCCCAAAGGCAAAGCUGGACCAAAAAAAGCUCCUGCUAAAAAGGGAAAAUCAACUUCCAUCUUACGAGAUGAGGAUGAUGAUGAUGAAAUACUUGAUCUUAAAGACAGACUAGCUGCCUACAACAUCAAUUCUUCACCUGAUCAUUCGGAAGUAAUGGAAGUUGAUGUCCCUCAAAAACAAGCCACGAAGAAACCACCAAGUGGGAAGAGUGUGGCUGGGAAGAAGGCUUCAUUGGAUGUUUCUGGAGACGAAGAACAAGAGUUUGAGAUUGAGGAUAUUAGUGACGACAAUGACUCUGAAGUUGAGGUUGUGAAAGGAAAGAAAGGAGGAAGAAAACCAGCAGCAGGAAAUUCCAAGGCAGCUGCUAAACCACCUGCUGCACCAGCAGCAACUAAAAAGAGAGGGCCCGCUGCAACUACUAAGAAGUCUCAAUUGGUUAACCAGAAGCUGAUCACAGAUGUUCUAAAGCCUGCCGAAAACUCUGGGGUGUCACCUGAGAAGAAAGUAAGGAAAAUGAGGGCAUCUCCAUUUAACAAAAAGAGUAGUUCUGUCUUGGGAAGAGUUGCUGCCAAAGAUGAUAGUGUUUCACUAGGUUCUAGCUUAGACACAAGUGGCGGUGGAGGCUCUAGUGAAACGAUGACUCGAGUGGCUAGACCACAGAGGGUAAACCGCACCAAGACAACUUAUGUACUGAGUGACAGUGAUGACAAUGAUGAAGAGGAUCCUACUGAAGAAGAGCCUACUGACGAUGAUGACUUUGAAGAUGAAGAUUAAUGUAGGAUUCUGAUUCUUGACACUCUCUUUCUCGGAGAUUUGUUAGUUAAAAACAAAAAGGUUUUCUGAGUCCUUAAUGGUGGUAAUGUUGCAUCAGGAAUUCAAAACUGUAUCAGUUGUACAACAAGGUUUUUUGAGUCCUUAAUGGUGGUAAUGUUGCAUCAGGAAUUCAAAACUGUAUCAGUUGUACAAAAAGGUUUUCUGAGUCCUUAAUGGUGGUAAUGUUGCAUCAGGAAUUCAAAACUGUAUCAGUUGUA